CUCUCCAAGAGCCAAGGGGUGAGGAGGAGAGAGCCCAGAGGAGUUAAGAAGAGCCUCAAAGCAGGAGAACCUUCGGAACCCCUUUCAUCCACCGUUGUCUGCCAAAACAUCGGUCAAGUGGAACCAACUCCUUUAUCCACCUUUGACCAAGUGGGGAGUAUGGCUUCUGGGAUUUCAAGUUUCCUCUUGGAAUUGCAUGAACUCUACAGAAACGGUGGCCCUUGACGGGCUUUGGAGACCUAGGAUAGAAAAGCUCUUCCUCCCCUUUCCCUUCCCCCCACCCCCUUCAAAGGAAAGGAUUUACAGCUCAACCUUGCAGCAGCUGUUGCUCAGCUUUAGCCGCCAAGAGGGAAAUAAAUAACAUUAAACCACCAUUGCCAGGCAGCCAGUCCUGGUGAAAUUGAGGGGUGGGGGAUGUGGCACCAAGGAGACUACUUGAAAGGGGCAGAGAUUGGCAUGGAAACAGACUCUUUCUGAAGCUGGAAGGGGGACCCACCUGAAGUUUCUCAUUUGGAUGAAAGUUAACAAAGACAUAGUCUGAAUAGGUCCAGCUCACACUUUUGGAACUGUGGCAGCCUUGGUAUCAACUGAAGGGGCUUUAAGAAGUCCUGUCCUGUCAGCAGCUCUCCGCCUUUGCCCUGGGUGCCAUUCUUCCCUGUUCUCUCCCUUCAAAGACCUGUCUCCACCCAUGAGCCCGUCUCUGAUCUGUCUGUCUGCCCAUGUUCUCAGCCUGCGGCCAUCUGCAUGUAUACAGCCCACAUCUCCUCUGCGCCUUUUAAACUGUAUAAGUUGUGCUGCCUAAUCACCCCUACCCAUUUCAUCCUGGAAAAGGGGUUAUUCACCUGUUGGUUUCUCCUUUCCCCCUCCCAUGCUUUUUGUUUCAUUUGAAAUCCUCUGACCUUUGGUUUUAUUUGGGAGGGGGAAGGGCAGUAGUUUUGAACUCUAGUCCCCAGGUUUCCUACUGUGCUCCCCUUCCUCUCUGUCUCCAUUGAUCCCACAUCCCAUUUUCUUACCCAUUCUGCCACUGUGUGGGCCUGGGCUAUGCGGCAAGGCAGAUCUCCCACUAGAGCUCCAACAUGCCCGCAGAGUCUGGAAAGAGAUUCAAACCCAGCAAGUAUGUGCCCGUCUCAGCAGCUGCCGUCUUCCUAGUGGGAUCCACAACACUCUUCUUUGCCUUUACGUGCCCAGGGUUGAGCCUGUAUGUGUCACCUGCAGUGCCCAUCUAUAAUGCUGUCAUCUUCCUCUUUGUGUUGGCCAACUUCAGCAUGGCCACCUUCAUGGACCCGGGCAUUUUCCCCCGAGCUGAAGAGGAUGAGGAUAAGGAGGAUGACUUCCGAGCACCCCUAUACAAAACUGUAGAGAUUAAAGGGAUCCAGGUGCGAAUGAAAUGGUGUGCCACUUGCCGCUUCUACCGUCCCCCUCGAUGCUCACAUUGCAGUGUCUGUGACAACUGUGUUGAGGAAUUUGACCACCACUGCCCGUGGGUGAACAACUGCAUUGGGCGACGGAACUACCGCUACUUCUUCCUCUUCCUCCUGUCCCUCACUGCCCACAUCAUGGGAGUGUUCGGCUUUGGCCUGCUCUACAUCCUCUACCACAUGGAGGAGCUCUCAGGGGUCCGCACGGCUGUCACCAUGGCAGUAAUGUGUGUGGCCGGCUUGUUCUUCAUUCCUGUGGCCGGCCUCACGGGAUUUCACGUAGUGUUGGUGGCCAGGGGUCGCACAACUAACGAACAGGUUACGGGUAAAUUCCGGGGAGGUGUAAACCCUUUCACCAAUGGCUGUUGCAACAAUGUCAGCCGAGUGCUGUGCAGCUCUUCAGCACCUAGGUACUUGGGGAGACCAAAAAGAGAGCAGACAAUCGUGAUUCGUCCUCCCUUCCUUCGACCGGAAAUAUCAGAUGGACAGAUUGCUGUGAAAAUUAUGGACAAUGGAAUCCAGGGGGAGCUCAAGAGAACCAAGUCUAAGGGAAGCCUUGAGGUGACAGAGAGCCAGUCUGCCGAUGCUGAGCCCCCCCCACCUCCUAAGCCAGACCUGAGUCGAUACACAGGCCUUCGGACUCACCUCAGCCUGGCCACCACCGAGGAUAGUCUGUUGAGCAAGGACAACCCCCCCACACCCACCAUGUACAAGUAUCGGCCUGGCUACAGCAGCAGCAGCACCUCUGCCGCCAUGCCUCACUCGUCCAGUGCUAAGCUAAGUCGAGGAGACAGCCUGAAGGAGCCGGCCUCGAUUGCCGAGAGCAGCCGCCACCCCAGCUACCGCUCAGAGCCCAGCCUGGAGCCGGAGAGCUUCCGCUCUCCCACCUUUGGCAAGAGCUUUCACUUUGACCCACUGUCCAGUGGCUCUCGGUCCUCAAGCCUCAAAUCAGCCCAAGGCACCGGCUUUGAGAUGGGCCAGCUGCAGUCGAUCCGCUCCGAGGGCACGACGUCCACCUCCUACAAGAGUCUGGCCAACCAAACCCGCAACGGGAGUCUGUCCUACGACAGCCUGCUCACCCCUUCGGACAGCCCCGAUUUCGAGUCGGUGCAGGCAGGGCCAGAGCCAGACCCCCCCCUGGGCUACACCUCUCCCUUCCUCUCGGCCCGGCUGGCCCAGCAGCGGGAAGCCGAGAGGCACCCGCGGCUGGUGCUGGCUGGCCCCCCGCCACGCGAGCCCUCGCCCGUGCGCUACGACAAUCUGUCGCGCCACAUCGUGGCUUCCCUUCAGGAGCGGGAGAAGCUGCUGCGCCAGUCACCCCCCAUGCCCAGUCGGGAAGAGGAACCCUGCCCGGGAGACUCGGGCAUCCAGUCGACGCCGGGCUCUGGUCAUGCCCCCCGUACCAGCUCAUCUUCGGACGAUUCGAAGCGCUCGCCCCUGGGCAAGACUCCCCUGGGCCGCCCGGCUGCUCCCCGCUUUGGGAAGCCAGAAGGGCUUCGGGGCCGGGGACUGGGGUCCCCUGAGCCGGCCCCAGCCGCCCCGUACCUGGGCCGAUCCACAUCUUACAGCAGCCAAAAAGGCCAGUCUGGUGUCCCUGAGUCAGAGGAAGUUGCCUUGCAGCCAUUACUGGCACCCAAAGAUGAGGCACAACUGAAGACUGCCUACAGCAAAUCCAACGGGCAGCCCAAGACCCUGGGCUCUGCCUCCCCUGGCCCUGGCCAGCCUCCCCUCAGCAGCCCCACCCGGGGAGGAGUCAAGAAGGUGUCGGGGGUGGGUGGCACCACCUAUGAGAUUUCAGUGUGAGCCCCCGGGGCCGCCUCCGUGCCUACACCAAAGGGCCCUGAGUGGCUACCCUGCUCCCCCCAAGGGGCUCCCCUCCCCUGCAUGGACACUCGUCAGACCACAGAUCCCAAGAGGAGGAGGAGCUUUUAAAAACCACCACGAUGGAGGCGGGGGAAGUUGGGGAGAGUGGGGCACCCACUGCUAAGGCAGCAGCUCCUAUCUGAGACUCACUCUCCUCCUCCCAGCCCUCCCCAACCCUGGGCCAGACUCAGUGGACAUUUGUGCAAUUGCUUGCCCUGGAGGGAACCGGAUCGUUUUUAAACCAGAAAUAAUUUUUUUUAUUAUUGUUACGGAUUCUAUUUUUUUCCUCUUCUGCGUUACCAGGUGUGUGUG